CGAUCGAAUUUCUAUUCAAGUCAAAAACGUUCUGAUACCCAUUAGUCUUUCGUAAAAUUGAUUUUACCGUCAAAAAAAAAAAGAAAAAGAUCGUUCUAGGGGGGAGGGACGAGAUUACAUUCUCAGCAGAAUUGCAUCGAGAAUUCCAACGUUUCUUGAAAGUCGUUGUUUCGACACGAAUCGAACAAGAUGGCCGUUUUCAUCGGCCUAUCGAUCACUUCAACGCAAUCGUUUGCAAUAUUACGUGACUCCAGUAACAAACUUGACCAGAUAGUUAGGUUGCACGGAAUAAAUUAGAAUGUCAAUUCUCUCUCUCUCUCUCUCGAGAAAUCUUCUCGAGAAAUCCUCGUAUAGAAUUUGAUACAAAUUUAAAGAUCUAAAAUUUGCUUUAGUUAUUUUUAUUGUUUUCAUUUGUUUCAGUGUAUGGUUAUCGGUUUGGCAGGGUUAGCCCUGGCCGAACCACCAGUCUCUUCCGGCUACAGUUACAGUAGACCAGGUGGGGGUGGUGGUGGAGGAGGAUAUUCUAUAGGUGGAGGAGGUGGAUACACUCAGGUGUCGACUGGUUAUCAAACAAGCGAGGGUGCAUCUGUUGACGGAGCCCUUUUAGAACAAAUCCGUCAGAUUCUUCUGAAGGAGGAAUUGCAAGCCCAACAGUCUGGAGGAUUCGGUAUUGGAGGAUACGCACCUAGCUCGAGUUAUGGUGCACCAUCACCGCAAUAUGGAGCACCCAGUCCAACCUAUGGUGUACCAACUUACCAAACCCGCGUCGUAGGCAUUGAUCUCGAAGGUAUCAGGCAAGCCAUCCAGGUAGCUCAAUUCAAUCAAGUUACCCAUGGCGUUGGUGGAUACCCAAGUGGUCCUAGUGUAAGUUAUGGAGCACCCAGCAGGCCAAGCGGUAGCUAUGGUGCACCCUUCUAAAGCGGUCGUCGCCAAUUUAUAAAAGGAAGGGAGAGAGAGAGAGAGAGAGAGAGAGAGAGAAAGGGAGAGAAAGAGAGAAAGAGCUGGAUAACAAAGGCGACUAUCUUUCGAGCCCCAACAAUUUAAGAACCAACGUAACGUCGUCCAUCAACAUCUUUAAUAUCAAUCACCAAUCAAUGAUAAUGACAUUCGAGAAGUUCAAGACAAAUUCUAGAAUGGUAGAAACGGAAGUCAAGGAAUGAACGAUAUAAUAACGGGAAGGAAGAUUUCUUUCUAUUGGGGGAAGAUUCUUCAUUCCUAAACGCUCGGAAGAUUGUCGUACGCACACUCGGUCGUCAUUAAUUAUAUAGAAGAAGUAAUAAUCGUCAUAAGAAGAUCAGGGAUCUUAUCGUCGUCGUCGUCGUCGUCGUCGUCAUCAUCGAACAACUCUAUAUACGCGAAUAUUUACGUUAAAUAACACGCGCGCGCAUUAUUUUUGAUUUUAAGUAAAAAUCAAAUGAAAAUCGUACAUAUGUAUAUGUAUACGAAAUAGAAUUACAAGAAUACGAUAGAUAAUAGUUAGCAGAGUUAUUAUAGAAGCAGCAAAUCGAUAAAAAUCAAAAGAUCGUCUACGAUUUUACCUCGUCGAAGAUCGUAGGAUAGUCGCAGCUUUAAAAAUGGAGUCACCAAGAAGAAGAAUUUUUUAACCGAGGAAAAAAAAAAGAAUACCAAUUAACGAGACUCAACGCAAGAGACGAGGAGGUGUUACGCGAUUCGCUACACCGAAAUAAAUAUACCUUUUUUUCUUUUUUUUUUUUGUCGUAUCAAACGAAAAAGAAAAUCCAAGAAGGAUUUUUGAAGGGAAACGAGUAAGAAAAUAAAAAGGAAAAUCAAUUAUAAACGCACAUCAUCGUCGUGUGUGCAUGGAUAUAAAAAGAAAGGACAUAAAAAAAUAUUAGUCCUUGGCAUAAUCAUAUAUGUGAAUGGGAGAAGUAAGAGGAAAGGGCCAGAAAUUAGCCGAAACCGAAGACGUGAUUGGCGCACAAAUUGCGCCCUGUAAAUACAAUUUUUAUAUUUACUCCUUAAAAAGUCGUAGUGUCCGUGACGCAACUCAAUGAUCCUCUUUCGGAUAUUUCGUUACUCAACAACAACAACAACAACAAUAAUAAUAAUUAAAAAAUCAUCAUAAUAAUAAUAAUAAUAAGAUAAAAACAAAAUGAAAGGGAUCGAGGUUAUGAGAUCUCGAAUAGGAUCUCCCUGAUCAUUAUUUGUAUUAUCUUAAUAGAAAAAAAAAAUAUCUCGCUGAUCGGAUUAAAGAAAAAAACAAAAAAAUAAGAAAAAGUAAUAGGAACGAAAUACCGAAAUGUAUAAAAAAUCAUUUGACAUGCGCCACGGUCCUUUUAUCGAGCAACUCGUAUCACACGAAGCCACGAAUACACACUAUUUUUCUACGUUUUUAAAUGCUAUUCUUUAACCACGCAUUUUUGUACUUGUAUAAAGGCUUUUUUAUAGAAAAAAAUAAAAAAACGUCGCCACCGUUAAAAGAAGAAUUAUUUUUUUCUCUCUCUCUCUCUCUCUCUCUCUCUCUCUUAAUCUUUCUCUUUAUGUUGUAUUACGUAAAACUAACGAACAAAAACCCCCUAUCAUCCGUUCACCGUAUUCUCAUCCGAAAAUUCAAGAGACAGGUUUCUUCUCUCCCCGUUAUUUUUAAUCGACAACAUCGCGGGAACGUUUUAUUCCUAAUUCGCAAUCUUCGAUCGCGUCUGAUGCGUUUUUACGCAUGUAUUCUCUCUUCGAUUUAAGAAGCCUCCUCUCGUUGGCUUCUUUUUCUUCUUUUUUUUCUUUUUUUUACACGAUAUAACCCGGCCUUUCUCCUUUCACUUUAGAAAUGUUCGUAUACGAGUAUGUAUAAGAGUCUCAUCUCUCUCUCUCUUUUUUUUUCCUUUUUCCUUUUUCUCUUUUUAUCUCUUUCUCUCACUUUAUGACGUAAAUUCUUGCGCGAUGAAGCUCGUUGGGAUUCGAAAGUGGAUGAGUUCUCGAACGAAUACAUCCUGCGGCUAAUAAUGCAGAAUUAUAAAGAACCAAGGGAAGGUGAAACAGGAGGAGGAGGAGGAGGAGGAGGAGGAGGACGAGGGGGAGGGGUAGAAAACGUACUGGGAAGAAGGACGUCCGUGUUAUAUUCGCUUUCUUCCUUAUUUGUAAUGUGCUACUUUGCCGACAACUUUUGCCACGAGCAAAAAAUAUCCCAUCGAAUUAGCAAGCACUUUUUGAUGAGGUAGUCCACCAGGUAGAACCAGGUAGAACCAGCUCGACGACGAUGCUAUCUAACGUAAUGACCAUAGUCAUUUCAUCACUCCUUAGAUCCAAAUUACGUCAUAGGUUUCUUCUCUUUUCUUUUUUUUUCAUCUUCUUUUUUCCUUUUUUUUUUCUCGUUGCACUCUCCAGACACACAGGAUACAACGGUUACAAUUAAAACUAAGCGUAGUUAACGGUAAGACGACGUUCCUUUAAUUGGAAAUUUAUUGUAGGUCAAUUAAAUGCUUAUUGAAAGGACAACGAUCAAGAGAAAACGAUAUCUUCUGUGUAUUUCCCCUAUUUCUAAUGCGCAUCUUUCUCUCCCCUCUCUUUCUAUCUCUAUCUAUCUCUCUCUAUCUCUAUUUUUAACAUUCUUACUAAAGAGUGAAAGCUCUUCCUGCCUUUUCACAAGCCAACUCUAGCUGGCUAGGAAAUCUUUUUUAAAUAUCUGCACUAAACAAGAAAUACACGUAUAUAUUUAUCUGUUACGUACAUAUAGUGAGAGUGUCUCUUAAAAAUCCUACAUCCAUUACGGUUAUUAAAUUUUUACUUGGAAACUAUAUUAAUAUUAUGUGUUUGAGAAAUCAAGAUAAAUCAUAUUGAAAUAAAUACAUUAUUACAUAUAUUUAAUGAAUUUUAAUAUAGAAAGUAUUAGUUAUAACAAGUUAAUUAAACGAAUAAGAGAAAAUAAAGUGUUGAAAUGUGCUAAAAAUCGUAAGUCUUGAUAACAAUUGAUCAUCCUUUGUUUUUACUGUUAUUUUAAUAUUUUUUAAUGUUAGAAUCAAUUCAAUAUACCAUUGAAAUAAUAAUAAUAUAAAUUAUAUUUGUUUAAAAAUUAUAUAAAUUAUUCAUCAUUAGGGUAGGAACAUUAAAAUAAAUGUAUUUUUGUUUAAACUAUCGAAAAUAUUAAUAAAAAUAAGAUUAUAACGAGCAGAUUUUAGCAUUUAUUUCAUUUCUAUGUAAUUAUUUUAACGUUCCUGCGCAGUGAUAACUUCGAGGGUAAAAUUUUCCUGUAAUAUAAGUAGAGUGCAUUAGUGCAUUAAAAUAAUUAUUAAUUAAUCGAAAUAUAAAUGUCUAUUGUGUUGUCUAAAAGCUCGGAGUAUAUUAUCUAUGUACCAUCCUCUUCGAAAUCCAUUGUUAAACUGGGUCAUUCUCCUCUGUAAAAUUUCUUUCGUUAAAUGUUGUUUAUAUUACUUUCCGAAAAUUGCGCACGUGCAUAACGGGAAUAUAAUAUUCGUAAUAAAUAGAUUUUCCUUAUAUGGAAAGAGUCAUAUAAACAAUUUCGAAGAAAUAAACUUUCAUAGAAGACAACGUGCCAGUCUAACGAGAGAUUUCGAGGAGGACAGUACACCGAAUACAUACACAUACAUUUCCUUCGAUUAAUUAACAAUUAUUUAAGGUAUAUCGAACACAGUAUUGUUCUUUAAUAAUAUUUUUAAUUAUUUAAACAUUCUAACUAAGAGUUAUUAUAUUUCGAGUUCGAAAUUAUUUUUUAUUCAAAGUACA